AUGUACCAAAAGAAAGCUUCAGUCAGUGGAAAUGAGCUUCAUAAAGUUUGUCUGCCUCUCAUACGCAAUAUGUCAGAGUUGCGUACAUUCCGCCUGAGAUGUACUCGCAGUUAUGAUGUUUCACAUCUUAAUGUUAUGAAUAUCAAAAUCCUCUUUGUUAGGGGACCUGAAUUUUCGGAUGAUGAGUCAAUUAAUGGACUCUUUUCUGGCUGUCCUAUGCUUGAAGAGUUGUCCAUAAAAGAAUGCGAAUUAAAAAAUAUUAGUGUGUUUAACAUUUCUUCUACUGCUCUCAAGAGUUUGAUUAUAGAUUGCUGGUCUAAGGGUGGCUACAAGCUUGUACUUCAUACACCAAAUCUUCAAGAUCUUGAGUAUGAAGACCGUGUAGCAGAAGGCUAUGCAUUGAAUAAAUUAAAUGCCUUUGUCAAUGCCAACAUUAGUUUUCUACGAAGAGACUUCCUGUCCAUGAUGUUAUGCAGUUCUCCGCUGCCAAAGUUUUUCCAUUUAAUUUGUUUGGAUAUUGGUGGUUAUGUUGCAUGGAAUUUGCUACUGGAUUUUCUUGAAAGCUCGCCACAAUUGGAAACACUAAUUUUUAUGGGACUUUUGCAAGAUAAAUUUGAGGAAAACCAGACAUGCAGUUGGUAUCCACCUGAGAACAUUUCUUCUUGUUUGUUGUUUCACCUCAAACAGAUUGAAAUAAAUUGUUUUAGAGGGAAAAGUGACAAGGUGAAAAUGGCAAAGUAUUUCUUGAAGAAUUCAAAAGUUCUAGAGAAACUGAAGUUUCAUGCGUCUUCUUGGACUGAUACAAAGUCGGCUGAGAUUUGCAUAGUACUGAUGUCACCCAGGGGCUCUGAGAAAUGUCGAGUUGUGAUUUCUUGA